CGGAGGCGCGUCGGGCUGGAGCCGGUCACGAUGCCCCGAAGGAAGCAAAGCCACCCGCAGCCCGUGAAAUGCGAGGGGGUCAAAGUGGAUACUGAGGACUCUCUCGACGAAGGACCGGGAGCCCUGGUAUUGGAGAGUGAUUUGCUACUAGGCCAAGAUCUGGAGUUUGAGGAGGAAGAGGAAGAGGAGGAAGGUGACGGCAACAGUGAUCAGCUCAUGGGCUUCGAGAGAGACUCUGAAGGAGACUCUCUAGGGGCCAGGCCUGGGCUUCCCUACGGACUGAGCGACGAUGAGUCUGGGGGCGGCCGGGCACUAAGUGCUGAGAGUGAAGUUGAAGAGCCAGCAAGGGGGCCAGGGGAGGCCAGGGGUGAGAGGCCAGGCCCAGCCUGCCAGCUGUGUGGGGGGCUGACAGGUGAGGGGCCAUGCUGUGGGGCAGGAGGGCCGGGUGGGGGGCCCCCGCUGCCCCCACGGCUACUGUACUCAUGCCGCCUCUGCGCCUUCGUGUCCCACUACUCGAGCCACCUGAAGCGGCACAUGCAGACACACAGCGGGGAGAAGCCGUUCCGCUGUGGCCGCUGCCCCUACGCCUCAGCCCAGCUCGUCAACCUGACACGACAUACUCGCACCCACACUGGCGAGAAGCCCUACCGCUGUCCCCACUGCCCCUUUGCCUGCAGCAGCCUGGGCAACCUGAGGCGGCAUCAGCGUACCCACACGGGGCCCCCCACUCCUCCAUGCCCGACCUGUGGCUUCCGCUGCUGUGCUCCACGACCAACCCGGCCUCCCAGUCCCACAGAGCAGGAGGGGGCAGUGCCUCAGCGAUCUGAAGAUGCUCUGCUCCUUCCAGAUUUGAGCCUCCAUGUGCCACCAGGUGGUGCCAGUUUCCUGCCAGACUGUGGGCAGCUGCGGGGUGAAGGGGAGGGCCUGUGUGGGACUGGAUCAGAACCACUGCCAGAGCUGCUGUUCCCUUGGACUUGCCGGGGCUGUGGACAAGAGCUGGAGGAGGGUGAGGGCAGCCGGCUGGGACCUGCCAUGUGUGGGCGCUGCAUGCAAGGAGAGGCUGGAGGGGGUGCCAGUGGGGGGCCCCAGGGUCCCAGUGACAAAGGCUUUGCCUGUAGCCUCUGCCCUUUUGCCACUCACUAUCCCAACCACCUGGCCCGGCACAUGAAGACACACAGUGGUGAGAAGCCCUUCCGCUGUGCCCGCUGUCCUUAUGCCUCUGCUCAUCUGGAUAACCUGAAACGGCACCAGCGCGUCCACACAGGAGAGAAGCCCUACAAGUGCCCCCUCUGCCCCUAUGCCUGUGGCAACUUGGCUAACCUCAAGCGUCACGGUCGCAUCCAUUCUGGUGACAAACCUUUUCGGUGCAGCCUUUGCAACUACAGCUGCAACCAGAGCAUGAACCUCAAACGCCACAUGCUGCGGCACACAGGCGAGAAGCCUUUCCGUUGUGCUACCUGCGCCUACACCACAGGCCACUGGGACAACUACAAGCGCCACCAGAAGGUGCAUGGCCACGGUGGGGCAGGAGGGACUGGCCUCUCUGCCUCUGAGGGCUGGGCCCCACCUCAUAGUCCACCCUCUGUUUUGAGCUCUCGGGGUCCGACAGCCUUGGGUGCUGCUGGUAGUCGGGCUCUCCAUACAGACUCACCCUGAACUAGGUUCUUCUUCCCCAGGGCCCUAUGGAUUAGCCCCAACCCUCCUGUAUAUUUUAUACAGACGGACUAGAAGCCACCUUCUUCCUCCCCCGCUGGCCAGGGGCUCCACACAGACUAAUCUAGGUACCAUAUGGAUCAGCCCAAACCUCAUGGGCAGGGGCCCAUAUGGACCAGGGGCCUUGCCUUGACUGAUGCACUUCAUGAGCACAGUGAGAAGGGCUCUGUAUUCACCUCCACUGCUUCCAGGGGCUGUGGACAAACUGGCUGGGGGACUGCCCAGCCUCCCACCUGUUUAUUUAACUUAUUUCAGUGCUUUAUAAUAAAGGAAACACUAACA